ACGUUUACAGUCCACAGCCAGUUCAGAGUGAAGUGGACGGGGCUCUUUGAGAUGGCUGAUCUGUUGUUGUAUUUAACUAAUGUCAACGUUUCCUUGGGACAAACUAUGGAUACUGAUAAGAGUCCAGGACUGGAGACAGACUUCGAGAGUGUGGAAAUGGGGGACAGUGUGGACAAAAGGGUGAGAGUUAAAGUUCCCCGUAAGACCAUCUACUUUGCCAGUGGAGAGACCAUGGAGGAGUUCAGCACUGACGAAGAAGAGGAGGAGGAGGAACCUCUGAAGACGGAUGUCAUUACUGUCGACCCGUCCAAACUGACCUGGGGUCCAUAUUUCUGGUUCCAGACGUGGAGAAUGGCCACCUCAACUAUUUCAGUGUGUGACUACAUGGGAGAGAAACUUGCCUCUCUGUUUGGCAUCACUACUCCUAAAUAUCAGUAUGCCAUCGAUGAGUACUAUCGUAUGAAGAAAGAGGAGGAUGAGGAAGAGGAGGAGAACCGUCUGUCUGAGCUGGCGGAGCAGCAGUUUGCAGAGCAGCAGAGAGAUGAGCUGGAUGAUCCUCACCCUGCUACUCUGGAGCAGCCAGAAGCGUCUGGAGCUUCUUUUGUAAAUAUUAGCUUCGACCUGGAACCUGAGUCUCCUGUCAACAUUGCAGACACAAACAGAGUCCCGUCUCCCCUCCCCUCCUGAAAACUGAAAACUGACACACAAAGCAUUAACAGACACAUUUCUAUCAGUUUGAAAAAAUAUAUAAUUUACUUAGCUGCAUAGUGAAAUAAUAUGGUUAUUUUUCUAAGUUUUUUAUUUUGUGUAAAUAGAUCAAAGUAAAACACAGGGACAAAUUGAAAGGGCUUGAAGUGCCACUUGCCUUACCUGUGAAUAUUAAUGUGUGUGUAGUGUGAAGUCAUAUGCAAGACUGAGACGCAUCUGUUAACUAAAUACUGAAUGAACUGACAUCAGUUAAGAAAGUGAAGAAUUGUUAUAUUCCACCCUUCAAUGAGAAACAGACAUCAGUGAGUGCUCUCUGUCUCUCUUGUUUCUGUUAUAAUUGUCUGCACCUGACAUGUGCAUUAUAAAGAGCUGGAUCAUUUUUUUAACUUUCAGCUUCAAUAUUAAGCAUUAAGGGAUUAAUGACACUAGUGGGCAGAACUGGGGCAUUGCACCAGGGAAUAUGUUGUAUCCUUCAAUUCUACCGGUCCUGGCUGCAUGGUCAUCUGCAUACAUUAAUCUGUAAAAGUUGAAUACCUGAUGUAGAUAAACAGAUUGCAAUGAAAACCCUCAUACACAUAUUUAGAGUACAUGUACUUUUUUUUUGUCUUUGACGAGGUUACUUAAAUUAUUUAUUAACCAAAAUGAAUAUUUACUAGAAAAUGUAUCUGAGUCUUUGAAUUUUAUCAAAUUGAAUCUUUGUGUACAGGUUAAACAUAAUAUACUGAUGACAACCCUGCUGCUUCAGCAUAUUAUUAGGGAAGAGGAGUACUUUCCCCUGGCUACUAUACCUUCCUGCUUGUUGAGUAGGACAGUAGAAGUACCCUGCAUUCAUUAGGGUAUGCAUGAAUUAGAUAUCUUAGAAUAAACCAAACAAUAACUCUGAGUUGUUGAACUGACACCAUGUUAGUUUUCUAAGUCGAGGAUCUGUUUUUUUUUACUUCAUAAAUGCAGGGCUACACAUUAGUGUCAUAAGAUACGUUUUUUUGUUUGUUGUGAAAUAAAUGAAUAUGGCCGCAAUACUCUCAUAUAUUUCUUUCCUCCAAAGCCUUAGAUCUACGUUCCCUGAUUGGUUGUUAAAUAGUCAUUUAAGAAACACAAACUAACUGGUAAUUAUUCCAUCCUAGUCAUGGGAGAUGGUAGAAUUAAGACCUUCAGUAUUUUUCACUGAGUGGUACGUUGGUAGAACCUCCUGUGUCUUUCUAAAGAUUCACUUUGCUACUUUGUGUCUGAAGGUGUUCAUGAAGCACUUAGGUUGAUAUUGUGCAGCUAACUGAGAUUUGGGAGCUGUGGGAAAAAGCUGCAGUUUGUUGUUGAAAUUGACAUCAAUCCUUUACUUUGUAAUAAAAUGUAAAAAUGUGUUUUACUUAAUUGUGUAACAAACAUAACUGGCUUGCUUCAAAGCAUAUUGAAAUAUUAUCAAUGUUAUUCUUAUUCUUUUGAAAACUGCUAGCACUCAGAGGUUUUGCUGACAGAUGAUCUACAUUGAUUU